CAUGAAGUGGGUCGUGUUUAUCUGUAUCUGCCUCCAGUUAGCAGAGGGGCUCAUGGUGAGAGUCCCUCUAAAGAAAUACAAGUCUGCCAGGGAGAACAUGCGGGAGAAAGGAGUCCUGAAGGAAUUUAUGAAGACACACAAGAGAGACCCAGCCCUGAAAUAUGGCUUUAACCAAAAGAACGAUUUUGCUGUGGCCUACGAACCUAUGUAUAUGGAUACAUAUUACUAUGGUGAGAUCAGUAUUGGAACACCACCUCAAAACUUCUUGGUUCUAUUUGAUACUGGCUCCUCUAACUUGUGGGUACCUUCCACAAACUGCCAGAGCCAGGCCUGUACCAACCACAACAUGUUUAACCCCAGUCAGUCCUCCACCUAUACAUCGAAUGGACAGCAGUUUACCAUGUCCUACGGAAGUGGAAGUGUCUCUGGUGUCUUUGGCUAUGACACAGUUGCGGUUCAAGGGCUCUCCCUGACUAACCAAGAGUUUGGUUUAACCUACUCUGAGAGUGGCAGCAGUUUCUACUAUUCCAAGUUUGAUGGGAUCUUUGGAAUGGCCUAUCCUGCCAUGUCCGCAGGGGGUGCCACCACUGCUAUGCAAGGCAUGCUACAACAGAACCUGCUGAACAACCCCAUCUUCAGUGUGUACAUGAGUAGCACUGAGGGAGGUUCCGGAGGAGAAGUGAUCUUUGGUGGAGUUGAUAACAGUCUGUAUUCUGGACAAAUUAUGUGGGCUCCGGUGACUCAGGAAGUUUACUGGCAAAUUGGAAUUGAUGCGUUUUCCGUAAAUGGACAGGCAACUGGAUGGUGUAGUCAGGGCUGCCAAGCCAUUGUAGACACUGGAACCUCUCCUCUUACUGUCCCUCAACAGUAUAUGGGAACGUUUCUAAAUUACCUAGGAGCACAGCAGGGGCAGAAUGGAGAAUUUCUGGUGAACUGUAACAAUGUACAGAACCUGCCUUCAAUCAGUUUUACCAUCAACGGGGUGCAGUUCCCCAUUCCACCUUCUGGAUACAUCCUUCAGAAUAAUGGCUACUGCACAGUCGGUGUUGAGGUUACAUAUCUCCCAUCCCAAAAUGGACAGCCCCUCUGGAUUCUGGGAGAUGUUUUCCUAAGGCAGUAUUACUCUGUCUAUGACAUGAGCAAUAACAGAGUGGGCUUUGCUCAGUCAGCUUGA